GUUUCAGAUCUUUUUUUACAUCUGGUUGUAUUUCAAAAGUUACACAUAAGUGUCAAUUAACACACUGUGAUUUUACAUACUACGUGUUUCUUCAUGGAGUCUGAAAGAAUCUAAAUAAUGAGUGAAUUAAUCAGCGUGCAAACCAGAUUAUGAAUGAGGAAUUUCUAGGGCAGAUUGAAGGAGCUUCGAGAUGGACUCAAUGGCUGGGAGCUGUAUUUGGAGCAAUUUUGGUUGGACUAUCUGGAGUUCUUCCUCUACUAGUGGUACCCAAAACCAUAGCAAAAGAUGGGAAAGACAGAAUGCUUUUGAAUAUAAUGCUAGGUUUUGCUGUUGGGGGGCUUUUAGGUGACGUUUUCCUUCAUCUACUGCCUGAAGCUUAUCAGCAGGCGAUUGAUUCUGGCGAGGAAACAGGGUUGUGUAAAGUUGGCUGGUCAAUUAUCACAGGGAUACUGGUCUUUCUUUUUCUUGAGAAACUAUUAGAGAUUAGUAACCCAGAGACAGAUGAGUCUAGGAAGAAAGAAGAAAAUAAGAAAGUGCUUGGUUACCUAAACCUAAUGGCCAACUGCACAGACAAUCUUUUACAUGGUCUAGCAGUUGGAACUAGUUUUCUCACAAGCUGGAAAUUAGGUUUAACAACAACUUUUGCAAUACUUGUACACGAGAUUCCACAUGAAUUCGGAGAUUUUGCCAUUUUAUUGAAUGCAGGAUUUGACAGAUGGGAUGCUGCAAAAGCUCAAAUGUCCACUGCACUUAUAGGAAUGCUAGGCGCACUUCUAGCAUUAGGCUUGGAUUCAAACAAUGAUCUGAGCUCUCUCCUACAUAAUAUUCUUCCUUUUACUGCCGGAGGGUUCUUAAACAUUGCCCUAGUUACGGUGUUGCCCACGCUUAUGGAGGAAAACCGACCAUGGCCUGCAUUUUUGCAAUUUGUAUCUGUAAUUGCAGGCCUUAUAUCAAUGUAUUUGCUGACUAACUGAUUUCAUUUGUCAUGUAGUAUUUGUAUGUAUCAUAUUCUUUCGUGAAGCAAGUGCUUUUUAAAAUUUCUUUAAAACAUUAUUUCCAUUGUUAAUUAAAAGAAAUUAUUUCUUUUUAUCUAUGAAUGACGUCCAAGGUGAGGAAUUUCCGAGUAAUUUCUCAAGAACAAGUUCUUGUGACCGAUUCCUCGGAAAUGCUUGAGAAAUUUUCCGUAUUUGGUCCCCAAUUUGAGAGAGUUAGAAUUAGUUUCGAGAAAUUCUCAGGACUUGGUUACCAAUUUUAAUGUUUUUUCGGGGAACUGAAUAAGAGACAUUAAAGUCUUGAGUUAUUCUUGAGAAUUUCUCAGGAAUUUUACUGGAGAAAUUCCUGAGAAUUUUACGAUUUUUUUGGGAAACAGAUUAAAUGACUCAGUUUCUUCUCAAGAAAGUCCUAAGAAUUUCUCAAAAUAAAUUUCUCCGGAAAUUCUCUGAAAAUUCUCAGGACUUCAUCACCAGUUCUAUAGAAUUUUCAUGUUCCGUUUUUCUUCAAUAGGUGUCUCUGAGGUUCCCUGCUAUUUUGCAGUGACCUCACUAAAUCUUUAAAAAAAUUAUUUUGGAAAAAUUGUAAAUUUUUUUAUUUGUUCUUGACAAUUCAGUUGUCUAAAAAAAAUACAUGACAACUUCAGUAAGAUCAAAAACGACUAUAGUUCUAUAGCAAUUAGUUCUGAGAACUUUUCUCAUGAAAUUCCCAAGAACCCUCCGGUAAUUGUCCAGAAUUGGUAACAAGAAAUUUCCUAGAAUUGGUUACAAGAAAUUUCUUGGAUAGGGUUAUAAGAAAUUCCUCAGAAUGAAUUACAAGAAAUUCCUCGGAACUGGUCACAGGAAUUAUUCCUUGGAAUAGGUUACGAGAAAUUUCUCGGAUUUUCUGUUGACAUUGUCACCGGAUUUUCCUGUGAAAGAUUCCUAUACAUUUCCGCGGAUUCCCAGGAAAGAUUCCUGGGAAUUUCUGCGGAUUUUCCGCAAACUUGUUACCUCGGAUAGCUCAAUAUUUUAUCUUAAAUAACUUUGAUUUUGUAAAAAAUAUUGUAACUUUUAAAAGAAGUAUUAUAGUCCAAACAUUGCCAAUAAGUUUUUUAAGUUUGUUAUUAGUGUUCAAUACUUUCAGAAUAAAAAAUCCUCAAUUA